UAGCUUUCCUUCAUCCCCUGUGCCGCCGUAACAAACUGUCAUGACCUUUCUUUCUUCCCUCCUCUCUCUCUUACACGCAUAUAUGUAAAUAUACAUACAUAUAUAUAUAUACACACACGCACAAAAAGGCCCAAUCCUUAUCCUUUCCGAACUCUUCCCGUGUCUCCUCUAGUCCUUCCUAAAACCCUCCGAAAGCACCAAAACAGAAACCUUUCAAUCAGAACUGAAUCUGAAAAGGAAUCGCCAAGAAAUGGAUCGCCCAUACGAGCAAAUCGAUCAGUUCGAUCGGUUGCCCGACGAGCUCCUCCUCCUCAUCCUCAACCGUGUCCGCGAAGCCAAGUCUCUCACCCGGUGCCUCGCCGUGUCGAAGCGUUUGGCCCUCCUCAUGCCCCGCAUCGACUCUGUCUUCCUUCCCAUACCACGGAGACCAGUAAGGCCCAAGCCGAGUCGCAGGUUCCCCUUGAAUUUCCUCGCCAAGUCGGUACGAUUCCUCCGCCGGGCUAUUACUCCCAAGUCGAGUUCUGAUUGUUGCGAUGAUGACGACGACAACUAUUAUGAUCCGCACGAGAUCCUGAAACGGUUUGGAGAAAUUCACUCCCUGGACAUAGAGAUCCCGAGCUGUGGAACCGAGAUCGAGGAGCCUUUGCUAAAAUGGUUCGCUGACUUCGGCGCCGGUCUCAAUAGCUGCGUGAUCGUCGGGGCUAAUUCUCUAGAGAAGAUGGAGGGAACGGGGAAUUGUGCAUUGGAAGAGAAAGCCGAAGCUGCCGAACCGCCCGAGCUGGUCCUGACCGACAAGGACCUGAAGCUGCGGAUUGUGUGGAUCAUAUCCUGCCUGAUUGCGGCCGCGUCGAGGCACGUCCUGCUGAAGGAUCUCAUCGGAAAGAAACCGAAGCUCAAUGACGUGCAGAUCACGGAUGCUGGGAAACAGGGGAAGCUCUGUAUGGGGAAAGAACAGGUCGCGGAGGUGAGGAGCUUGGCAGCGGGUUCGGGACCGGAGUCAAGAUCGUUAGAGAGGAGUGUGGUGCCGGACUUGAAGAUGAAGCUGUGGUUCGUGCCAGAGAUGGAGCUUCCGGAUACGGGGUUCGUGAUGAAGGGCGUGACCCUCGUCGUGAUCAGGCCGGCGAAGGAGGAGAAUGAUUGGUUGGUGGAUGAUGGCGGAAGCUCGAUCUGGGAAUGGUUCGGAGGAGACGAUGAUCGUGACGAGAGAGGGAAGGCGUUUGGGGAAGCUGUGAGGGAGUUGAGGAAGAUGAAGAUGAAGAGGAGCUUCAUCAUGGAAAUGAAUUCCUUUUGAUAUUUUUUUUCCCCCUAUUUUUGGGUUUUUGUAAGUAUGACAGAAAAUAUAUUUAUUGUAAAUAUGUUUUACAUAUUUGGUGUUUUGGUCUGUACCUUAUAAGAUGGGCAAAAUCAGCAUGUUCAUUUUUGUUGUUUCGUGAGCCUAAAUGAGU